AUGUCGUUAGGACAGUGUUUCCCACCGGCGCCGCGCUUCGUCCGUCGGACUUGUAGUGCGGACCUCUCCCGUCGCAGUUUCGGCAGCGACUUCGAACCACGCCGGUCGGUAGACUCGGGUCCCGUUUACGUGCAGCCAAGAUCCAGCACCGACCUUGGAAGGCGUCCGCACGCUCGCCCAAGGCGUGCACAGUCCUCCCAACCCAUUGUCUGGUCGGUAAGCGCCACUCCGCUGCCUUCACCGCCGCUGUCGAAUAAUCAUUCGCUGGACGUCCCGCCCACCUACGACGUCGCCAUGUCCGACAGCGACGGCUCGUCAAUGCGGAGUAGCUCUGAGGUCUCUGUUCGAGCUGCUCCGAUGCCCGACCUGCCGGUGCCUUCAACGUUGCCUCAGAGCCCUGAUGUUCCGCCGCCGGCGUACCCUCGCACCUCACGGCCGUCGACUUCGGCAGGACAAAGAGCCUUCAAUUCUCCUCCGGACGCCACAUGCCUUGUACGUAUCCCUGGCGCUGGGGACUUCUUCAUCCACCGCGACUAUGUGUCUCCCUACAGCACCACAUUGCGCGAUCUUCUAGACCCCCUAUAUCGCCCGACGCAGCGCACCCUCCGCAUUCGUGCAGGGCCUGAAGUCGUCUACUGGGUUCGCGAAGGCGAAUACACCGCGUUAUCGCCUCCCCGUAUGUCGGCGAACUCGCCCAGGACGGCAGCUGGAUUUUCGACCGAGCCCGGGACGGCUUUGAAGCGACACAGAUCCUUCUCCGACUUGUUCACCUCUGCCUCCCGUUGGUCUCAAUCCCUUCUGUCUCGCCGGUCGUCUACGGCUUCCAUACCCGCGGCCGACGAAACUGCUCGCAUCGAGCAGAUCAUUGGCGGUCCUGCAACCGCUAAUUCCUUUGACACGUAUACGACUAAAUCCGCAUUCUGGGCUCAUGUAAAACUGCACAAGUCUACCCACAGUGGUCGUCGCAACUCGCUCUCGCCCAGUAGGCUCAGGAAAGCGGUGCCGCGGCCGAUCCUUUACAUCGAUAUUCCUUGUGCUGCUGUGUUUGGCCCGCUGCUGCAUUGGUUGUAUACCGGCAGUCAGAGGGACUUGAUUGAUGCUUUGACGGCCGGUGGGGCUGAGAGCGCUUUCUUUGACUUUCUGAAAUGCAUUGAACAGCUUGGGAUCGUGGAUGAGGUAUACGAGGCGAUUGGGGAGUAUCUUAUCAAGAACCCGCAUCUGACAGUAACCCACGAGUUCUGCAAAAGGAACGUGCCGUUCCAAUUACUCCGAACUUUUUUCGCUCGUUGCGAUUGGGGCAAUACCGAUAAGCUCGCGGUUCUGUUGUGGUGGUCGCGCUUUGAGGAAGAAGAAAACGACUACUUCUUACCCACUUCGUCACCAUCUCUCGCCGAUGCCAUGGCUACCCCGACGCCGUCCAUGCGAGCGCUCCUCCGCAACGCAUCCGCCUUCCUGACGAGGCCUGCGACAGCGGAUCCCGAGAUGGAAUUACUCGCGCUAUACGUUGAUUUGAUGGAAGUGCCGGAUGUGCAUAUCGAGGAGUUGAGGAGGAUGUUGCCACUGGCGUACGAUCGAGUAGUUGGGGGCGGCGGGAGGCGGGCGAUGUCUCCUACUCGCCAUCCGAGAGGCGGCGUAGAUGGUUCAACAUAG